UUCACUUUAUAAGUAGAUGACAAUCGUAACAACUACAGCACUAUUAAUCCUGAUAGUGAAUAGUGACAAAGUAUUGAUAAAUUUGUUUUGUCUCGCCAACAAUUAACAAGUUAACAAUGUCUGAUACAGGCAAGAGCUUCAGUGGAGUAAGAGAUAUAUUAAAGAGACUUAUAUCGAUUUCUGACGAUUCAGAAGCAAAGUUCCUAAAGUCUACCUCACAUUCUGGCGCAGUGGACGAAAGUGCUAAGAGGAUCAGACCUCAGCGUCCACGUGAAGAAUAUUCUCAUGGCCGACAUUUAAUUCCUCCUGAAGUAGAUUCUAGACCAAGGGACAGUAGUCGUAAAAGUUACCACCACUCUCAAAAAGACUCUUCUAGAUCAGGACAUAGCAGUCGCAGAAGUGAUCAUCAAUCCAAAAGAGAUUCGUCUAAAUCAAAAGAAAGCAGUCGUAUAGAUGAUUAUGAUUCUGAUACAGGACCUUACAAAUCAAGAGAUAGCAGUCACAAAAGAGACUCUUCCAGAUCCAAGUCCAGCAGCCGUAGAAGUCACUCCCAUUCUAGAACAGAUUCUUCAAGAUCAAGGGGCACCAGUGGUAGAAGUAAAUCUCGUUCCAGACCCGAGUCAAGCUCUAGGAAAGGCUACGCAUCUUUGAGAAGCUGUAUUGAUAAAAGAUCAUCCGCUGAAGAUUGCUUCGACUUCUUCAUGUUGACAUGUUAUUUUCCAAAAGCGGCAGCCUUGAGUGCUCAAAACAUGGGUAAUAAGAAAUAUCGUGAAGACAAGCUGAUUGAUGACUGGGUUAUUCAUGGAUUGUGGGCUUUUUCUUAUAAGUAUGGUACAGAAUUGGAAAAAAAGUGCAGUAACCUGAUUAAUAUGUGGUUUGAUGAAAAAUUAUUGCUAGAUGAUGAAGAGCUCGUUAAAGAACUCCGUGAAAAGUGGUUUGGUCUUUACAAUAAAGAUCGUUAUUCUGAUGAAGCGUUUUGGAAGCAUGAGUUUUAUGAGCAUGGCAAGUGUGCGACACGCUCCAAACAUGUUAAAAACCUUAAAGGUUAUUUCAAUCUGACAUUGAAGCUGUUCAAUGAUGCAGAUCUCAAGAAUACGCUUGCUGACGGUGGUUUUAAACCCGGAAAAACUGUCACCUGGGCGGAAAUGUACGAGAUUAUUAAAAAAAAACAUGGUGGUUAUCCUAAAAUCGAACAACUGAGAGACCCGGUACGUCAAAUCUAUCAUCCACAUGAAAUAAAACUGUUCUAUGAUCAGGAUCUGAAACCUAUGGAUUGUCCAGGAGACCCACAUCUUGAUCCGAAUUUUAAGCGCUUGGAGUUCCACUACGAUGUAAAUCUACAGAAAUCAUCAUCAACAAGAAGAUAUUUACGGUAUAAUUCCAGGGACUAAUACAUCAUCGACAACUUCUGAGUGUAGAGUUAUAAAAA